UGGCAUUACUGAAACAAUCAAAUAAAAUGCCUUUCAUACACAAUAAACUAUUGUUCUCCAACCAUCUCUUCAGGUUUUAUCUCCGACCCAUAUCUAACAUAUCUCUCUACAGCAAAUCAAGGCCUUCUGAGGCAGUGUUCAGUUGUAUCAGGUGGGGUCGAUUAGGGUUGGAUCCAAAAAUCUGCAGGAAGACAGCUCUCCUCAAGCAGGGUCAAAGACCACUGGACUAAACAGUUUGAUGCUUUUAUUUAUUUUAUGUCUUUAAAAACCAAUAGAAAACCAGCCUUAAUGCACACGCGUGGGUCAUCUCUUAUCUAGCCGGGUCUGUGACACUGUCACAUCAGCAGGUCUCCUGAGACCACCCAGUGACGUGUGUCUAUAUAAGGACCCCUGUGAGCCAGCAGAGAGCGUGUUUGAGCCCCGCCCCGCCCCGAGCUGCAUGGAUGCUUCACUUCAGCAUCUUCAGGCUGCACACACUGGACAGAACACACACACAGAGCAGCACAGCUAAAGACUCCAAGCACUUCUGCUAGAGCUGACUUGGACGUGGUAAAGUAAAGCUGCAAGAUCAUGGCGAACAGAGGCCCCAGUUAUGGACUGAGCCGUGAGGUGCUGGAGAAGAUCGAGCAGAAGUACGAUACCGAUCUGGAGGUCCGGCUGGUGGACUGGAUCAUUGCACAGUGUGGAGGCAACCUGGAGAGACCACUGCCAGGAAAGCAGAACUUCCAAAACUGGCUUAUGGAUGGCACUAUCCUCUGUAGACUCAUUAAUAGUCUGUACCCGCGGGGUAAGGAGCCCAUUAAGAAGAUCCAAGAAACUCAGAUGGCCUUUAAGCAGAUGGAAAAAAUCUCACAGUUCCUUGUGGCAGCUGAAGCUUACGGAGUCAUCACCACAGAUAUUUUUCAGACUGUAGAUUUAUGGGAGGGAAAGGACAUGGCUGCUGUUCAGCGGACUCUGAUGGCUCUGGGCAGCGUGGCUCUCACCAAGGACGAUGGACACUACCGUGGGAACCGAGACUGGUUCCACAGGACGGCUCAGUCCAACCGGCGAGAGUUUUCUGAAGAGCAGCUGCGGCAGGGUCAGAACCUGAUCGGCCUGCAGAUGGGCAGCAACCGCGGGGCGUCCCAGGCUGGUAUGACCGGAUAUGGCAUGCACCGCCAGAUCAUGUAAACCUGCCUCAUGGUCUGAGAACCUGCCUCAAACACCCAGAAGCCCUUAAUCCACACAGAGCAGAAUCUACUUCAGUCACGACAUUGAUCCUCAACUGAUGAGUCAGUGAUGGAGGUGGAGCACUUUCAGCAUCACAGGCCAAGUCUAAAGACUAUAGUCUUUAAAGUCCAUAUCUAAAGUUCUUCAUUAUAAAUUAUAAGCAUGCUUAAUGUGUGCAUUAUUUUUUUAAUUUUAGUGUAACUUGUAUUUUAUAAGUUUCAAAAAAUAUUGUAUACAAUUUUAUCUAAUAAUAUUAAAUAUUUCAUGCCCAUGUUUUAAACAGCUACAGCAUUUCCUAUAUACAUUCAGUAUUAAACAUUCUGCAUAUCAUACAGAUUCUUUGUUGAAAAAUAUCUGUAUAUAUGUCUUCAAUUAUGAUGCUGUGCCAAUGUUCCUAAAAUAUAUGACAUAUUAAGAGUUAAAGAAACCAAACCUGGAUAUAUAAUAAUGCUUUUAUCUUGUGUGUGACUGUUUUAAGAUGAGUUUUAAAUGAUGCACAUUUCUUUGCUGAUGUUUGAUGAAAAUGUUGAAUAAACUGGUUUGCUGUCUAAAA